AUGACGAGGUCAAAUGGUACCAAGCAAAACGGUUCUGACGAUUCUCAUGCCACUGUUCUCCAAGGUGCCGUUGUCUCAUGUUAUGAAAUUGGUUGUUUCUUUGGUGCUUUGUUUGCUAUGCUUAGAGGUGAAAAAUACGGAAGAAAGCCUAUGAUUAUUAUUGGUGCUUUCAUCAUCAUUAUUGGUACUGUCAUUUCUGUCACUACUUUCAGAGAUUCCUGGGGUACUGGUCAAUUCGUUAUUGGUAGAGUUACUACCGGUAUUGGUAAUGGUAUGAACACUGCUACCAUUCCUGUCUGGCACAUUUAG